AUGAUGGAACACAACCAUGAAUCCUAUCCGAUGAAUGAUCAAAAUAGCAUUAUUCAGCAACAAUCUCAAGAGAAUCAUGAAGAAUCCAUUCUUGAUCUCUCGCAUCCAAACCACCCACAUCAUCAUGACGACCAUCAUCAUUUCAUAUAUGUGGAUGAACAAGAAGAAGAAGAAGAUUUAGAAGCAUCUUCCAAAUAUCAUCGUUCCAUUGCACUUUUAAACACGAAUAAUUUCAGUUCCGAUCCAAUCCAUACCGAUACUACUAGUAAUAAUAAUAACAACAACAACAUGAUGAAUUUGGAAACAACAACCAUGGUUGAAAAUUCAACAUCCGAAGUUGUUACCUCUCAACAACAUCAUAUUCCAUCCUCACCACACCCAAAUAAUCUCAUACUAUUAACGGCAGCUACACAAAUUCAUGAACAUCAUGGAGAAUUAUCUUCAACAGUAAACAAUCAUGAUGCCAAUGAUCCAACCAUGAUGGCAGCUUCGUCCUCCUAUAACAAUAACAACAAUAACAACACCACAACAACAACAACAGCUAAUGCACACACCUCUGAGGAUGAUGAGGCCACUGGUCACAAUAUGGCUGGAGUGGGCGAUGAUGACGAGGAUGGAGCUCAACAACUCGACACUGCCCCGCCAUUUGAAUUUAAGGAACAGGAUCGUCUUCUUCCGUAUGCCAAUAUUGAGAGAAUCAUGAAGAAAACUGUAGAAAUGUUUAAUAGGAGUGCUAAAAUUUCAAAAGAAGCAAAAGAAUGCAUGCAAGAAUGUGUGACAGAAUUUAUUUGUUUUGUAACGGGAGAAGCUUCUGAUUUAUGUGUGGAAGAGAAGAGGAAAACAGUUGGUGGAGAGGAUAUUCUGAAUGCAUUGGAAAAGUUGGGAUUUGAAAAUUAUGUCCCAGCAUUGAAAGAGUGUUUAAGACAACAUAGAGAUGCACUAAAAAGUGAUAAAAAAGGAUCUUCAAGCAAAUCCAAGAAAAAGUCCAAAUCAAAAUCAGGCGAUGAUAGUUAA